AUGCCGCCAAAACGAAAGGCCCCGGGCUCCGCGAAGGCAUCUUCGGCCAAACGCGCACGUACCGCCGCGGGUACGCAAUCGCCAAACAGGCCUGCAAUCGGGGACUCCAUCGCCGUGCUGCCCCCUGUGCCAGCUACCCCAUCCGCAUCACGAGAAAAUGCGGGUUCCGCUGCAGCUACAGCCGCCGAUACCACCGCCAAACGGACACGGAACUCCUCUAAGAAGGAUGGUUCUGCCACCCCUGGCAGCGCGAAACUGAGUUCGCGGAGGUCUACCCUCACACCAAGGAUUCGGGGCACUCCGCGGAGGAAAAGGGACGAUGAUGCUGUCGCUGAAGAAGUACUAGAAGGAGAAGGGGGGGCGGGGGAAGAUGAGGAAGAACCGGGUGCUGGGCCAUCGGCAGAGCCUACCGAUAAGCGGACCGAUCCCUUUGAUGCACCUUCAUCCUCGGGAGACGAGCUUUCAAAGGAUCAACCACAGGUUCCCAAACCCUCUCUAGGAGCGAAGGCGAAGAGCAGGCGACCGAAGAUUACUUAUAAGACACGAAAGCCGGUUGUUCAGGUAGAUGGUAGCGAUGAUGAGAUUUCUACUACUAGAUCUUCGCCUGUUCUUCCUGCCAAGAAAGUUGUUCCGGCUCCUGUUACCCCCGCUACCACUAUUAAGCCACGUUCUCGUCCUCCUAGAACUCAGCGAAAGAGAGCUCUGCCCGCUCCGGAGAAUCUCGGUGUUGCGCCUGUGGCGCCGAUAGGACACGGGUCGGAAGAGGCUACACCGAGUGCUGGGAAGAAGGGAGUGAGAGCUAGUGCUGCAAGAAAGAAAAUUCCCCAGCAGACUAAGGAGGACGACAUUGAAGAGGAGGAGGAGAAGGAGGAGGUGGGGGAUGGGGAGGAUGAGGAAUCAGAUGAGAUGGUAGCGCCGCCGGAGGAAGAUGUUGAUGGAGAACAUGAAAUUGAUGAGGACUUUGUGGCUACCGGUGGAACGAUUGUUACCUCUGGGCAAUCUGCUAGAGCUUUAAGAAAAGAGGAGAGAGAAUCGGCGAAGAAGCGACUAUCAUUUAUGACACCGGCAAAGGAGACUAUGGCUACCUUGGUAGGACUAGAGGAUCCCUUCGCUUCGGAGCGACCAAAACGUACCCGUGUAGAGAUUGUUAGUGAAAAUAUGGUGGCUUCAGACCCAGCUGCAGACGCUAUCCCGGAUGCGGACUUGGAACAAUUCCCGGUGGAGUCAAUCCAGCGAUUAAAAAAGAGAGUUAUGCCGAAAUUAAUGGGAAGAAAGCGAACUAAGCUUGUUGGCGUUUUGGAUGAGGAAGGGUAUGCACGCCGAGCUUGAUAUCAUUUAUAUCUGCAAGAGAUGCUAACUUCCUAAUGGACAUGUCCGCCACCUACUUAAGCAAACUGUCGCUGCGGGUGAGGGUAAUUCGAUGUUGAUUAUUGGGGCGCGAGGCACCGGAAAGACUACAGUAGGAUUUUGGACUUGUCUGGCUUGGUGGGCUUAGACUAACACACACUAGCUUCUGGAAAGCGCUAUCUCGGAUCUUACAGAGGAGCACAAAGGAGAAUUCCUUACAGUCCGUCUGAAUGGUUUUUUUCAGACGGACGACAAAAUUGCCCUUCGGGAAAUAUGGCGCCAAUUGGAUGUUGGAAUGGAGCUUGAUGAGGGAGAUCAACCAAAGGUAACUGUUUCCGCUCUUGCCUAGGCCUCUUGCAAUCUGACACUUUCCAUAGGCUACCAAUUUCGCAGAUACACUUUCCUCCAUCCUCGCUAUUCUUUCCCACCCAGAUGAGCUCAGAGCACCAGAUGGGGAAGCGGAGGAGCCAGCACAAGAGGAUCCGUCAAGUACUACUACAACUUUGUCUGUCAUCUUUAUCCUAGAGGAGUUUGAUCUCUUCGCAACUCAUCCCCGUCAAACACUUCUAUAUAACCUCUUUGAUAUUGCACAAUCUCGCAAGGCCCCUAUUGCUGCUAUUGGCACAACAACACGCAUAGACGUUGUCGAGUCUUUAGAGAAACGAGUUAAGAGCCGCUUUAGCCAUCGUACCGUCCAUCUCAAGAAUCCCCCCACCCUGAAGGGUUUUUGGGAAAUAUGCAAAGAAGGAUUAAGUGUGGAUAUGGACGAGGUUGACUCGGAAAUAAAUGGCCCAUCAGACGAAGAUCGGCAUUGUUUUGAGGCUUGGAAUAGUCAUAUAGAGGUAUUGGUUCCCCACACUUUUUCUUAAACUCCGGGGUACUAACAAAUGGGACGUAGAACCUCUAUAAUAACGAUAGGCAAUUCCAACGGCACUUGAGACGCAUCUACGCCCAGAACAAGGACCCCAAAUCGUUCUUUAAUAGCUGCAUUCUUCCGUUGUCAAGUUCAACCACAUCUUUCCCCACUGGCCCCUCCUUCUCAUUACCUGCCAAUCAACUUGGCGAGCCAGACAGCAUCUUAUCAAUCCUUGAUGGUCUCACUGAUUUGGAACUAACCCUUCUCAUCGCGGCCGCCCGGCUUGAUAUUAUUUCUGAUACGGAUACGUGCAACUUCCAGAUGGCCUAUUCGGAGUACACUGCGCUUACGUCGUCCCUAAAGGUAACUAGUUCCGCAACUGGUGUUACGGCAGGUCGUUUGUGGAGCAAAGAGGUCGCCCUAGGGGCGUGGGAACGACUAGCGGAAUACGAACUACUCGUACCCGUGGUUAUAAGUGGCGGUUCCGGAGGUGGCGUCAGCAGGGAGGGAAGAAUGUGGAGGGUUGAAGUUGGUCUCGCGGAGAUUGGGAAGUGUCUCGAGAUGGGGCGGGCCGGGGUUGGACGCGCGGGGUUGGGCAAGUGGUGCAAGGAGGUGUAG